AUGUCGGUUCCUAGCUUCGUCUGCUCUCGUUGCAGAGCUGUCGCCCCCCGGCGCAUGUCGCAACUCGUCUCAUCCCAACAUCGCAAAGCGGCGUCGUCUACCACAUCUUCCACCGCGCAUAAAAUUCUAGCGAAGCCAACGUGGUCUGUUCGCUCCCUUCUGGCGGACAACGACGCGUCGCCAGCCGAGAUCAUCACACCAGCACAACUACACCACCUGCUCAAGCUGUCCGCGCUGCCGCUACCCAGGUCCGAGGAAGAAGAGGCUUCGAUGAUGGCGACCCUGCAAAGCCAGCUGCAUUUCGUCAAGGCUGUCCAACGAGUCGACACCACCGGCCUGGAGCCUCUCCGAGCGAUACGAGACGAGACAGAAGAGGGACAGAAAGAGGGUACGAUUGGGCUGGGCGAUCUUCAAGACGUCCUCGCCAAGGAAAUUCGCGUAGGGCACUACAAGCGGCCGAGGAGAGUCAGGGAAGAGAUUGAAUCGGAAGCUGAAAAGUGGGAUGCUCUCUCUACGGCAUCGAAGAGGGCUGGUAGAUACUUUGUUGUUGAAAGUGCCAAGACGCCUUAG